CCUUGGCGAUCUGUUAUGUAUCGCAUGAAGAAUUUAAUGCAGGUAAGUUGCUCAUUUCUGUUGUUGACAGCAACCUUGCCCUUAAAGAUGGAACGUCAACUGUGCUCCGAACUGUGCAUUGUUCCUUAUCCAAUUCGCUGUUCUACGAUGAGACCAAAUAUUGAGUAUCGUGUUCAGCGGCUUGUGAAAAGAGAUUUCUUAAACGUGCUUAUUUCAUAUUGUGAGCAAGCACAAAAGAUAACGGAACAAGGAUGGCGUGGACUAGUAUUUUUUCAGUCCAAAAAGGUUUUACAUUCCUGCUACGAAGCUGUUCAGAAAGACACAAGCUUCAAGUACAAGGUCGGUAUUUAUUAUUCCGAUUUGGAAGAAACCGAAAAAAAAGAAAACAUGGCGAGGUUCAUGGCUUCUGAGGACUCGCUAGACAUUAUGUUCUGCACAAAGGCUUUUGGAAUGGGUGUUGAUUAUGCCCAUGUCAGAUUCUCUAUUCAUUAUGGAAGUCCUGGCACCAUCUUCGACUACGCACAAGAAAGCGGACGCUGUGGAAGAGAUGGAAAACACGCUACUUCUUUAUUGUUGCAUUAUCCCUUUAGUGGUUUUGAGUCAGAAAUGCAUAUGGAGGAAAACAUGAAGAAUCUCUUGCGCGAUAAUAAUUUAUGUGUGAGAGAGGCAAUCAGCGGAGAAUUGGACAACGCGGCAGAGUCCUGUUGUAGUUAUCCUAAUUGUGUUCCAUGCUUUAGGUGCUCUGAUGAUGUUAACAACGAGACAUAUUUACCGACACAACAUGUUGGUGACAUUCAGAUGUUUAACCGUACACCCUCCGCAAUGUCAACAUUAAUUAUUGAGGACGACAGUUCUUUUUUUAGUGCGUAUGAUGCCUCUUCACCUUUAAAGAACAAAUCUAGGGUUCCGCACCAGGACAUCGACAUCUUUUCUCCCACUAUAGAAGGAAAUCCGAAAAUAAGUGAAGGAAACACAGACGCUGCUACGACCCAAACACAAAUUUCUUGUGAGAUUUCGUCAAGUUCGCAGGAGAGAAAACGGAAGAUUGGAAGCGACGAUUCCGCAUCCAUGAAUGUACCAAGCUCGGACUUUUCCUCACCUACUAAAAGGGUGCAAAGGAACAUCAACAAUAACACGGAGGUGGUGGACCGUGUCAGGUCUUUACAUAUGGGACGUCUUAUGUUCAUCAAGCAUUGCGGAAAACAACGGAACGUGACAAACAAAGAAGACUUCUCGCCUCGUUUCCUCCCUCGACAGCUUUCCUUGCUAUUGCUGCGAUACCUUGUCCGCAUUCGCCCAGCAGAACAACUAUUCUGUGAGCUUCUCUACAAUGAGGACUCUAAAGUGGAAGACCUUAAGACUUCUGUCUUCCUAAAGAAUGGCUCUACACUCCCUAUUAAUGAAGCGUAUCGGAAGUUGUAUCAAAAUACUUCCAAGAAGUCCUUGGAGCGUUUCCUUGAAGGACCCCAGCAAGCACAACUCUCGACUUAUGAUGCACAAGACAGGUCGCUGUCUCAAUUUAUGGUCGCUCUGAUGCUGGUAUGUCUUCAAUGGACAGAUGUAUUGCCCAAUGCAUACACAGCAUCAAUCAAUUGGCAAAGUCUUCUUGGAAUAGAAGAAGAACAAGAGGCAACAGGGCAAACAACAACAGAACCCCAAGCUCCUUCUGUGGUUGAACAUUCGCUCCCUUUGGCACAGGAACAUUCCUGUAUCACUGAGCCAACAGUGACAGAAGUACUGAAACCAAUUGUCACUCGUGGUCCUAGAAGGAUGACUGCCUGGAGGGCUUACGACUUCUAUUACAAAAAGAAGAUACCUGCUUUAGAAAUCCAGAGCAAGGAUGGGCUGUUUCUACAGCUUUGGGAUGUCUACUGGGUUGCUACUAUUCACAAGGGGUUUUCUGAGGAACUUCUUGUAUUUACUAGAACAGCCGGGGCUCUGUUACGAGUCGAACCCCGUUUGUUUGAAGCCCAUUGCUCUUCUGCUUCUUGCGCAAUGGAGGGGCUGUCGUUGAAUAAUUUUAAAGGCGAGAAGGCUACAAUAUAUCGUAGCUAA